AUGUUGUCUGAUCUAGCACUAAGCGAAGAAAAUAGGUCAUUACAAACUAUAUUAUGGCGAUCACAACCCAGCGAUAAAUUAAAAGAGUAUUGUUUAAAUACGAUAACGUACGGAACAACACCCGCGUCAUAUUUGGCCACCGCGUGUCUCGAAAAAUUAGCGCAAGAAUGUGAAGAAAAAACCUCGUUGGCUUCUCGGGCGAUUAAGUCCGAUUUUUAUAUGGACGAUCUUUUAACGGGCGCCAACACGAUUGCAGAUGCUGUUAAUUUAAGAGAGGAGGUGAUAAACACUAUGAACAGUGCUGGAUUCGUAUUACGAAAAUGGAUAUUUAAUGAGCAUGCAUUAUUGACAAAUAUAUCGAAUAAUAAUGACGAUCCAAUGUUCAUCCUAAAUAUAGACGGCACCGCGGUAAAGACGCUAGGAUUGUACUGGGAUCCUCGGACGGACGCUUAUCAGUACAAAAUUAGUAAUCGCAAUUAUACUAACGACCUGGCGAUGUCGAAAAGAAAAGUAUUGUCUACCAUUGCGACAAUUUACGAUCCGUUAGGAUUAAUCGGUCCUGUAAUCGUAACCGCAAAAAUUCUAAUGCAAAAGCUAUGGCAACACAAAUUAGAAUGGGAUGCUGUAUUGCCGGCGCAAUUAAAGGAAGAAUGGGGCAAUUAUCUUGAAGAGUUAACUGACAUUGAAAAUAUAAAAAUUCCACGAAGAAUAAUAGGCGUCGAGAAUAAUAAUGAAAUCGAAAUGCACGGUUUUGCCGACGCAUCAAUUUGCGCGUAUGGGGCAUGCAUUUACUUAAAGGCUACGGACGAAUACGGCAACUGCACAGCGCGGCUAGUCGCCGCGAAAUCACGCGUAGCGCCCUUAAAGGUAGUAUCGCUAGCCCGAUUAGAGCUUUGCGCUGCCGUGUUAUUAAUACAGCUGGUAGAAAAGGUGAUACCGAUUUUAAAUAUAAAAAUAAAAAAUAAGUAUUAUUGGACCGACUCGGCCAUAGUAAACCCUGGCUAA